AUGAGUUUCCGCGGGGUAAUGAAGGAUGGGUGGCAUCCUAAAGGGAAGGAUGGAGGGAAAGAAUCAUGGCGGGGCGAUUUCAAAGGCAUAAAUCAAAUGGCGGGGUGGAUGGGAAAGGGUCAAGACCGCAACAAGAAGAACGAGCCGGAGCAUAUCUCUCGUCCAUUAUCAUCCCUCAAAGACCCCGCAGCUUUUGGACCUCCCCCGAAGAACGUCAAUUACCACGGCGGCGCCGCUUUACCUAACGAGAUAACACCUCAACGGAGCGGCUGGGGCGCACCUCUCACUCAAGAACAGAUUGCGAGCGCCAAUCGCACGGCGAAUGGCCCGACUGAGGAAGAAAUCGAAGAAGAGAAACGACGAGCUGGCCCUCCAUUACCCUACAGGGCUGAUCGUACGGGUUUGAGGACCGACCAUCUCCCGCCACCUCCCGUGCAUCGAGAUGUGAAUCGAAACGCUGACGAGGUCGAGCCACCCCAAAGAGCUCAACCACCGAAGCCGGCGCCGGGGCUACCACCGCGUCUCCCAUCUCGACAAAACACCAGCUCAACCCCGACUUUGCCCCCUACCAUGGCAGCCUCUCCGGCCCCUCAAGCACCUCCGCCUGCAUACGAAGCGGCUACCACUGACUAUUCGGCGUCCCAACCAAGCAGCAAUUACGGGAUCAACCAAGCAGCAAUGAGCAGACUCGGCAACGCCGGUGUAUCUGUACCGAGCCUUGGAAUCGGUUCGAAUGCCUCUUCAAACCCCUGGCAGAACGAGCAAAGUCAGGCCGCGCCCGUCAAAAGCCCGUCUCCUAAACCACCCACGCAGCCACAAUCAUCGAUGAAUCAACUCUCCGAACUCCAGUCGCGCUUCGCACGCAUGAAUAGCUCCAGCAGUGCCCAUUCCCCCACUGUCUCUGCAACUCCUGCUGCUUCAUAUACUGCACCCAGCCAGUCACCUCCGCCAUCUCAGCCCGCAGGAACCACAUGGGCCGAACAGCAAGCUGCUUUCCGCACGGCACAGAACCUCCACUCUAACCCUUCGACUGUGACGGCCCAGGACGCCGCCGCCGCUGCCCGCACGGCCAAUUCCUUUCGGGAGCGACAUCAAGAUACCAUUUCCGCCGCCGGUGCCAAGGCCAACGAAUGGAACAAGAAAUACAACGUUGCUGGCCGCUUGAACUCGUUUCUCGAGAAACACAGCUCCCCCAGCAGCGAGACUCCGCCGCCCGUAAACGCACCGUCCCCUGCUCCAGCUGCAGUUCCUGCUCCAGCAACGAGCCCCGAGCUGGCCGCCUCGAUAUCAAGAAAGCCCCCUCCGCCGCCGCCACCGAAGAAGCCGGCCAAUAUGCACGGAAGUUUGAACUCGAUGAGUGGUGGUCCUGGGGCCGGCGUCACGUCAUCCCCCCCGCCGCCUGUUCCCUUGGGGACCAAGCCUAGUUAUACUUGA